GUCUCCGGCCUGGGGCGCGAGUUCGCGCCCAUCGCCGCGGCCGCGGGCGGGCGCGUCCUGCUCGCCGCCACCGGCCGCGGCGGCGUCAUCAGCCUCUGCUGGCCGCGGCCUCCCGAAGAGGAGGACAAUGCAGCUCUAAGCAGCGGCGGCGGGCCCGGGCCGGGCCGGGGCGGCGCGGGGCCCGCGGCCGCGCGCGGCGGCUGGGGGCUGGAAGCCGGCGACGACGAGGGCGGCGGCGGCGGCGUG